AUGGAUCUUGUUUCUUCUGAAAAGAUUACACUGCAGCGUAUCGCAAGUCCAGAUGCGCUCAACACUCUUCUCCAAAGCUUUAAUGCAUUACCAAGCAACUCCGCCUCCCUCUACCUCUCUAGUACUUCUCAAAACCUGAUUAUUUACGUUGCACCAAAGCGUGUAGUCAACAAAAUCAGUCUUGCGUAUCUUGCCAAGGCUCUACAUCAUGGGGAGAGAAGUGCAUGUGCAUUGAAAGACCUGCUCGAGACUGGUACAGCGACCAAGGUCUUUUUUGAUGCGCGCAAGACAGCAAAGGCGUUACUCAACAGCUGUGCCAUUAGACUGUCCAACCCGCCUGGCACCGGACGAGCUCACAUCCACGAAGUGCAGAUGAUGGAGCUCGCACUGCGCCCGAGUGAUAGCGACCGCGAGUGGCUUGCAAAGUUUGACAGGUGUAUCGCCCAGGACUCAAAUAUCGACAUCAACGUGCUCAUGCCAGACGGCUUGGGCUGGAGCAACCAGUUCGAUAAGAGGAUCCUGCAUUUGCCGACCUUGUGGAGAAAAUACCAUGAUGGGUUGCUUGCAAACCACAAUAAUUUUGGAGGAGGAGGCUUUUGGGUGGCGAAGAUUCGUGAAGCAACCCAAAAGCGAUUGGCAGUGUCGUGUGGUGAAAGUCAGCUGGGAUACAGUAUCGACAGUGCUGAGAGUGGUUGGGACAGGGAAAUGAUAGAAGAGGAGACUGAGGUCUGGAACGAUGGACUUUUGGAUGAUGCCCACCAUCAUGGUGAAAUUUUAGGGGGUGCAGAGCAUUGGGCAAAGUUCGACAUGUUGUAG